GAGGAGGAGCUGUGAGGAGCUGUUUAAUAAAUUUAUAUGUCUUGAUAUCAACACAACAAACCCCUCUCUGCGUGGAGCAGUGAUCAGCUGAUCGACCCGUUCAGCUUCAUAUCUUGAUCAAUGUUCCUCUUUCGAAACUUAAAGCGUUAUUGCUUUUUAAAGCUAUUUUUUAAAAGUUAAAGACAAACUUAUUUUUAAAGGAGGCAAGUGACGUCACGAUCAAACAUCAGUUGAAAGUUUUGCGUGAUAUUUUCUGCAACUGGACAAAUAUUAUUUCUACUGUGAUGUUUCAACUCAGCAUCUGACUGAAGAAGCUCACCUUAGACCGGAAGGAGAUGGAGGUUUCUGCCUUUGGAGCAGCCUCCAGGUUUCACAUCGACUCCCUGCUCUCCCUCAGGCCGCCCCCUGCGCUCCUCACCCGGGCAGACCCUCCGGAGCUCAGCCCGGGCAGCAGCAGCAGCAGCAGCGGAUGCUCAGCGCCUCCUUCCCCGCGCAGAGAGCCUGUUCCCCGGCUGGAGUCUGCUCUGCUGCCCAGUCACCUCCAUCCCCGCAGCGUCAACUCCUCUUUUCUGAUCCGGGAUAUUUUAGCGGACUGUCAAUCCUAUUCUGACCCACCACAGAUCUACUCUGAGCCGGGACAGCUCUAUGCCUACCCGGGACAGCCUGAGCUUGAACCCGAGCCGUUCCAAUCCGGACCGGAAGAAGAGUAUCAGGAUAAAAGUCACAGCAGCUCGUCUUCUGACAGUGAGUGCAGAGUACAGGGCGGGGCCUCGGACCCUGCAGUGUGUCGUCUGAAGAAACCCCGUAAAGCUCGGACGGCCUUCAGCGACCAGCAGCUGUCCAGGCUGGAGAGAAGCUUCCAGAAACAGAAAUAUCUGAGCGUCCAGGACCGCAUGGAGCUGGCUGCUUCACUGCAGCUGAGCGACACCCAGGUCAAAACCUGGUAUCAGAACAGGAGAACAAAGUGGAAGCGUCAGUCGGCUGUUGGUUUGGAGCUUCUGGCUGAAGCUGGCAGGAUGUUCCUACCUAAUCACUUCCUGUACCCUCCCGCCCAACCCACAAUGGACAUGUACCUGUACAGGAACCACACUCACCACCACUUAGCUCCACCUCUGCUCCCGCGGGUCCUGACCCACACUGAACCACACCCCCUCUGACAGCUGGGCAUUGGAAGACUGGUUCUCUCUGGAUGACAUACUGACUGCAGGAACUUUAUGAAAAAUGUUUUCUCUGUAUCAGUUCUUGGAACUACAUGUGUGCUCUGCUCAGGAAGUGACACUAAAUCCAAGAUUAGGAGGCAAUGAUUUCCAUUGUGAUUUACCAAAAGGAUGGGACAUUAACAAAAACAAGGAAGACUCAGAAGAAGGAAAACAAUAGAGAUUUGUUGGUCCACAGAUUUCUGCAGCACACAGCCAGAAAAACUGGAAAAACUACAACUCCAUCAUUUCUACCAGUAGUAAUAACAGAAAUGUAUCCGUGAUAUAAGGACAACGGUUACAGAAAUGCGAGCAGUCAAAAAGUCAGAAACAUAGACUGUAAUGGAGGCAGCAUCCGAGUCUGAAUGUGAAGCCAGUGUGGAUGUGCCUAAAAACUGCAUUCCUUCUAAAGGGCCGGCAGGGACCUGAUUGCAUAGAAAUCUAUGAGGAAGUCUUUUUUUUACUUGAUUUAUUACCUCAGUAAACACUACCCCGAGUACACUCUCUCAAUCACUAGUUUUGUCUUUUUCCAAAAACAGCAUCAGCAUUGAGUAAAUCAUGGUCCCAUUUGGAGUUCAACACCAGGGUAUAUAUUUUAUAGGGCGUGGUUACUUAUGGCGGACAGAUCACUACCCCCGGAGACCAGAACGGUUUUUUGCUACUAUUAAAAAUCACCCUUAAGAGUUUGCCUUUUUGUUUUAUGAUGGAUGUAGCGUGCCCUUAUUGGCAUCCAAAAUUAUUUAACUACUAUGAAAUAUUGUUGCACAUGGCUAGCCAGUUAGCACUAGCUUGAGCUGAUCAUUUUUGUUUACUUGUGUCAUUGCUCUUCUUCAGCCCCACAUAUGUUCACUUCUGUCUCCAAAAAAACAAGACUCAAAAGGCAAAAAUGCCACAAAUCGAGGCUUAAAAAACAGUUUACAAACCAUCGGGUAACCUCUGUGUGGCCAUGUCCACUUCUUAAUUAAAGUCUAUGAAUCACACAAACUGUUAUUUGGAGCUUUUGGCUGUUUUGAAUGUCUGUAUAGAGGAAUAUUUCUUUUUUUUUCUUCAAUAAAUAUGCAAAUAAUUCUUAUUUUUGCUAUGGUAUUCUUUAU